AUGGCCACCGUAUCUCCAAACCCGAUUCCAUUCUCGGAGCCUCCCUAUCUGCGCGGACUCCCAUCCCCCUACUACACCGAAAGCCAUCGAGAGUUUCAAAAACGAUGCCGUAAGUUCAUGUGGGACAAUCUCCUCUCACGGGCGUUGGAAUGGGAACGGGAGGGAACAGUACCGGAAUAUGUGUUCCAGACCUUCUGCCAGCAUAAUAUGCUUCUGCCGAAUCUCCCGUCUCCCUUGCCUGUGGACUGGCUGAAACGGCUGGGCGUUAAAGUAGAAGACUGGGAUUACCUAUAUACGGGCAUCUACGCAGACGAGCUGGGGAGGUCGGGUCUCGCCGGUCCGGGUGCCUCACUCAACGCCGGGUUUGCCUUUGGAAUCCCUCCCGUCAUUAAAUUCGGCAGUCGCGAUCUGCAGGAGCGAUUCCUACCGGAUCUAUUGACGGGUCGAAAGAGAUCCUGCAUCGCCAUCACCGAGCCUGAAGCAGGUAGUGAUGUCGCGGGAAUCACGACCACCGCGAUGAAAACUCCAGAUGGGAAACAUUAUAUUAUUAAUGGUGCAAAAAAAUGGAUCACCAACGGCAUCUGGUCUGACUAUACUACUAUGGCUGUACGCACCGGCGGCCCUGGAGCGGCCGGCCUCUCCGUGAUAAUUGUCCCACUAAAGGGCUAUCCAGGCGUCACCAUGCGCCGACUGAAAGUCGCCGGCCAAUAUACCGGCGGAACCACAUAUAUAGAGCUAGACGAAGUGAAGGUCCCUGUAGAGAAUCUCAUCGGCCGGGAAGGUGAUGGCAUGCGGAUUAUCAUGACGAAUUUCAACCACGAACGUCUAACCAUUGCAGUGGGUGUGACGCGACAGGCACGCGUUGCUCUGUCCAGUGCGUUCCAAUACUGCAUGAAGCGAGAGGCAUUUGGGAAGACGCUAAUGGAUCAGCCCGUGGUGCGCCACCGACUGGCCAAGGCGGGCGCCGAGCUGGAGACCAUGUGGGCAUUCUUAGAGCAACUUCUAUAUCAGCUCUGUCACCUCAGUAAGGAUGAAGCGGACCGUCAGCUCGGUGGGAUUACCGCCCUUGCCAAAGCGAAAGCGGCUAUGGUGUUGAACGAGACGGCUCAAUGUGCUGUGCUCCUGUUCGGCGGCGCAGGAUUCACAGCCACUGGACAGGGAGAAUUAGUAGAAGCUAUCCUUCGUGAUGUUCCGGGUGCAAGAAUCCCGGGUGGUUCGGAGGAUGUGUUGCUGGAUUUGUGUGUGCGGCAGCUCGUGAAGAUCUAUCAAACUCAGGAGAAGCUGUUGAAACAGUCGAAGAUAUAA